GCGUACAAUCUCUCAUGUUUCAAAACUAAACAGUAGUUUGCUGGUUCAUAGCAACGCGCUGCUAACGUCAGUAACAAUUGCAGGGAAUCUGUAAAUGGGUUGGUUAAUCAGGAGUUGAUAUAUUUUAGAGGAAGAAACAUGACUUUUACAAUACACAGCUUUUUGAUUUCUCCCUAGUUAGAUCUACGGCCAUGGAGCUUCUCCCAGUGCUGGAAGCUCAAGAAAAGCCCAAACAAGGAAUAUGGUAUUCCUUGGUACCGAGUGGGAGACCCCCCGGCGUGAGCGUGGGACACACUUGCACUUACUGGUCUGGAAAUGAUGGCAAUGAAAUGGUCCUCAUCGUUGGGGGAGCAAAUCCUGGUGGCAGCUUCUCGCAUACACACGCUAUAAAUCUAAAGUGUCUUGAGUGGGAUGCAUUGCCUUGGGAAGGUCUAAACGCUCGAUAUGAGCACUGCACGUUGGUGUCCGGAAGCCCACCGCAAAGCUUAUGGGUGUUCGGGGGAGCGGAGCAGAGUGGCAACCGCAACUGUGUCCAAAAAAUCGAAGUAGCAGAAAGCAAAGCCCACUGGGAGAAUGUGACAGUAACGGGCGAGCCCCCCAGUCCAAGGACGUAUCACACCAACUCGGCCUGUUUGGGUGGCUCUUUAUACGUGUUUUCUGGUGGGGAAGCAGGUUCAUCACCAGUCUCAGACCAGAAACUUCACGUCUUUGAUACCGAGUCUUCCACCUGGACGCAGCCAGAAACACAAGACCCACAGCCGCCGGUCAGACACGGACAUGUUAUAGUGGCAGCAGGCUCAAAGAUCUACAUUCAUGGCGGCAUGGCGAAUGAUUACUUCUUGGAUGAUAUGUACUCUCUUGAUCCAAGUAAGACUGUUAAAUGUAGUAUGACGUGGGAGUUGCUGCAGCCCGAAGGAGAUGUUCCACCUGGCGUGGCCGCACAUUCGGCCAUGGCACUGGGCAACAACAUCUACAUCCUCGGUGGGCUGACUGCAGACGGAGCCAGUAAUGCCAUGUACACAUUCGACAUAGAAAAAAAGAAAUGGACCCUAAUGAAAUUCGAGGGUGAUUUACCCCCGAACCGUCUGGACCACUGCAUGUGUUUGCUGCCAUGGAAGGUAGAGGCUGUGGGAGAUUGCGGUGAAGCGCAAAGAGCCAACCCAGACUCUGCAGCCACACCGGCUGACGGUCCUGAGACAGUACACUUGGCUUUUGUAUUCGGUGGAAUGGAUACACAAGGAGUCAUACACAAUGAUUGUGUUGUAACUGUGGUAACAUGAUGGGCUAGGAAAUAAAAAGUGAAAAGAAUUUUGAAUCAAA